AUGGCCUUUGUCUACAUCAAUGGUUAUCCAGGUGUUGGGAAGUUAACAGUAGCAAAGGAACUCUGGAGACUUAUACCAUCAUCGAAAGUCGUCGACAAUCAUAGCCUCAUUGAUCCGGUAGCCAAGAAGUACGAAAGAUGGAUGCCUGAAUAUUACCCUAUGAGGAAGGAGGUGCGCAGCUCAGCUCUGAACGAAGCGAUUGCGUCCACACCAGAUGUCACAUACAUCUUCACGGACUCGCAGUCAUCCGAUGAAAUCGGCUCAGUUACAGCACGAGAGUACGAAGCCUCGGCAAAGAAGAGAGAUUGUCCGUUCGUAUCAAUCAUCCUCUCUUGCCAUCUCGAAGAAAACAUGAGGCGCCUUCAGGCGGUAGGCCGGGGUGGAUCAAGCAAUACGAAGCUGACUGAUCUUGGCAUCUUUCGCAUGGUUCGGGAGACAGAGGAUAUCUACCACUUUGGUGGCCCCAUGGAAUUGGACCUGGAUGUCACCGAGCACUCUGCGACAGCUACUGCUAAGAAGAUACAUGCUUUCAUUCGAGAACGUUUGUCCUCAUAG